UUCCACCCUUCAUGCUUCAUUUUCUCACUGGACCGUGAUUUCCUUGGCCCCCUUGUUCGUAAUAUCCAGAAAUUGCGAAAAAAUGAGCCCUCGAUUACGCCUUUCACUCUGCAGAUUGCUUGCUGGAAAAUCUCAGGCUUCUACUUCUUCAUCUUCGUGUAGCGUUCGUCGAAUUCUGGACUCUUCUCUGUUGCCAAAUUCUGAGUUUCCUUACAAAUUGCGACCAGAUGAUCUCCAUUUUUCGUAUGUAAUGAGGUCGAAUCGUCAGUUUGUAACUCUUCAGUGGUUGAGGAGGUACAGUGGUGGUUCGGGCAACUCGGAGCCGGAGUUUGAUCAGAUUAGAGAGGUGGACAGGAUCAAUCUCAAGUUUGCUGAAGCGAGAGAAGAGAUAGAGUCGGCUAUGGAGUCUAAAGAGACCGUUUAUUUUAAUGAAGAGGCCGAGUGUGCUCGGGAUGCUGUGAAGGAAGUUUUAGACAUGUACGAGGGGCUUCUUGCGAAAUUGUGCGAGAACGAGAGGAAGGCGUUGCAGAGGUCCAUGGGGCUUAAGAUUGAGCAGUUGAAGGCUGAGCUUCAACAGCUUGACGAGUAAUUGAGGGUAUUGUAGGUUGUGAGGAGACAAGAUUUGUCUUCUGAAGCAUGUGCCCUUCAAAGUAAGAGAAGCAUGCCCUCCACAGCUUGUCUGCUUUUUCCCUGCAAGAUGUGGCCUACUACGCCACACUACACAUGUUGGAAAUCUGGAAUAUCACUGCCAAGGACUUCCUCCCCUUUAUUUCAGGUGCCCAUCUUGUGGAUCGAUUACAAUAAUAAUAACAAAUACCAAGUUUUUAGUUUGUUUUGAAAUAUGUUUAGAAACUGCUUAGUUGCAUAUCGACGAAUAGGUAUCGUCUCGUUGAAUUAUAUGGGGUGGAUAGAGAGGUUCAUUAACUAAUAUAUAGACGAAAUGUCGAUAUA